AUGACUGAGAAAGACGAAACGCCGCCUGGCGUUCUCGAUCAAGAGCGGAAUGAUUUUCAAUCCCGGGAACCUUCCCUCUACGACCAAAAAGAACUCGAUCGUCUAGGUCGAGAGCGCCCAGCAUGCUUCUCUUCACUUUGGUCUGAGCUAGGCUUCAUAUUUGCUGUCGUGGGAUCAAUGAUGGUCAGCGAAUAUUUUGUUUCGGGCUUCAAUAUCAUUUUACCCUCACUUGCGAAUACACUCGACAUACCAGACUCUGCGAGAACGUGGCCUGCUGCCGUCAUCAAUCUCACCACAGCAGCUUUGUUGCUUCCCUUUGCACGGCUGGCUGAAAUUCAUGGUGGACGCUUCAUAUUUCUGGGCGGACAUGUGUGGUUGAUCGUCUGGUCUAUCAUCGGUGGAUUCAGCCAGAAUCCCACUAUGCUCAUCGCUGUUCGAGCAAUGCAGGGUUUAGGACCGUCAGCAUUUUUGCCCUCUGGAGUGGCCAUCAUGUCUCGGAUCUACCGCCCUGGCCCUCGUAAAAAUUUCGUUUUUAGCAUGUUUGGUGCUUUCUCUUGCAUCGGCUUCUACUCUGGAAUUUUCUUUGGUGCUCUCUCUGCUCAAGUCCUCGGGUGGAAAUGGUACUUUUUCAUUGGUGCCAUUGUCUGCGCCAGUAUCUUCAUUACUGGCGUUUUGACUAUUCCGAAGACCCAUGGAGACCCUACGCCUGAUUUAAAGAUGGACUGGCUGGGUAGUGCUACUAUCGUGUCAGGCCUUUCACUUACUGUUUUUGCAUUGACUGACGGCGGGAAUGCUCCUCAAGGCUGGCGAACACCCUAUGUCUAUGUUACGUUGAUUCUCGGGAUCCUGUGCCUGGCAUUGUUUGUCUACAUUGAAGGCUGGUGGGCUAGUCAGCCUCUUAUGCCAGCAGAAGUGUUCAAGACGAAAUACAUGGGUCGCUUGAUUCUUGCCUUGUUCAUGUGCUACGGUUGCUUUGGGCUUUGGUUAUUUUACGCGUCCUUCUAUAUUGAAUCCGUCUUGCAUAUCGGGCCCUUACUCACUGCCGCUUGGUUCAUCCCACUUGCGGUGGGUGGUUUUAUUCUUGCCGUUGUUGGCGGCUUUGUUCUUCAUAUUCUCAGUGGAAGAUUACUCCUGAUAAUUUCAGGACUAGGAUUCCUGGGAUCAACGAUUCUUUUCGCAACGAUUCCCGAUAGUGGAAAAUCCAACACUUUUCUCUACUGGACGUUUGUCUUCCCAGCCAUGGUUCUCGCCACAAUCGGAGUUGAUAUCGCUUUUAACGUCACCAAUGUUUUUAUUACGACAUCUCUACCUGGCCAUCUCCAAGCAGUUGCAGGUGCUCUUAUCACCAGCUUGUUGUACCUCGGUAUGGCCUUUUGGUUGGGUGUUGGCGAGAUGGCUGUUUCUGUGAGAAAAGACAUCAAAGGAGCAGAGAAUGUUGAUACACGAAGUCAGUAUCAAAUUGGAUUUUGGAUGGGGGCUGGAUUGGCUGCUGCUUCAUUGCUUAUCUUUGUGACGGUGAAGAUGGAAUCAGCCAAAAGUGAUCUCACAGCAGAUGAGAAAGCUCAGAGAGAGCAAGACAAGGCUGCUGAGCAGGGCUAA